CUGUACCCCGCGCGUCCCGCCGCAUUCCGGUGCCACCGCCCCGGCCCCGCCAUGCUCCCGCUGCUCGGGCUGUGCUUGGCCCUGCCGUUCUGCGCGGGGUCGCUGGAAGAGGUGCAGAGCUGGGGGGACACUUCGGAGCAAGUUGCACUCAGGGUCCCAAGGCAAGUCAGGCUGUUGCAAAGGCUGAAAACCAAACCCUUGAUGACAGAAUUCUCGGUGAAGUCCACCAUUAUUUCCCGUUAUGCCUUCACUACGGUUGCCUGCAGGAUGCUGAACAGAGCAUCUGAGGACCAGGAAAUCACGUUUCAGAUGCAGAUUCCAGCCGCAGCUUUCAUCACUAACUUCACUAUGCUUAUUGGAGACAAAGUGUAUCAGGGAGAAAUUACAGAGAAAGAAAAGAAAAAUGGUGAUAAGGUAAAAGAGAAAAGGAAUAAAACCACAGAAGACAGUGGGGAGAAGGGGACGGAGACCUUCAGAGCCUCCGUGGUGCUUCCCAGCAAGGACAAGGCUGCCUUCCUCCUGAGUUACGAGGAGCUCCUGCAGCGGCGGCUGGGAAAGUACGAGCACGUGGUCAGCGUACGGCCCCAGCAGCUGGUGGGGCGGCUGACGGUGGAGGUGACCAUUCUGGAGAGGUCGGGCAUCGCGGCGCUGGAGGUGCUGGGGCUCCAGAACAGCCGUCGCCAGGGCAGCGGGCGGGGGCAAGAUGAUUCUGGGCCACCUCCUUCUACUGUUAUCAACCAAAAUGAAACUUUUGCCAAAGUCGUUUUUAAACCUACUGUGGUCCAACAAGCCAAGAUUGCCCAGAAUGGCAUUUUGGGAGAUUUCAUCAUUAGAUAUGAUGUUAAUAGGGAACAGAGCAUUGGGGACAUCCAGGUUCUAAAUGGCUAUUUUGUGCACUACUUUGCCCCCAGAGACCUUCCUCCUUUACCCAAGAAUGUGGUGUUUGUGCUUGACAGCAGUGCCUCCAUGGUGGGAACCAAACUGCGGCAGACCAAAGAUGCCCUUUUCACGAUUCUGCAUGACCUCCGACCCCAGGACCGUUUCAAUAUCAUUGGAUUUUCCAACCGGGUCAAAGUGUGGAAGGACCAUUUGGUGUCAGUUACUCCCAACAAUAUCAGAGACGGCAAAGUCUACAUUCACCACAUGUCACCGACCGGAGGCACAGAUAUUAACGGGGCCCUGCAGAGGGGCAUCAGGCUUCUCAACGACUUCGUGGCGCACAACGACAUUGAGGACCGCAGCGUGUCCCUGGUCAUCUUCCUGACAGACGGGAAGCCCACCGCCGGGGAGACCCACACCCUGAAGAUCCUCAACAACACCAGGGAGGCCGCCCGGGGCCGGGUCUGCAUCUUCACUGUGGGCAUCGGGGCCGACGUGGACUUCAAGCUGCUGGAGAAGCUGUCCCUGGAGAACUGUGGGCUCACACGGCACGUCCACGAGGACCACGACGCCCGCGCCCAGCUCAUCGGGUUCUACGAUGAGAUCAGGACCCCGCUCCUCACGGACAUCCGCGUGGAUUAUCCACCCGGCUUGGUAGAGCAUGCCACCAGGACCCUGUUCCCCAGCUACUUCAAUGGCUCCGAGAUCAUCAUCGCGGGGAAGCUGGUGGACAGGGAGAUGGACUGCUUGCAUGUAGAGGUCACAGCCAGCAACAGUAAGAAGUUUGUCGUACUCAAGAAGGACGUGCCUGUGGAGCCCUGGAGGAUGGGGAACGACGUCCCGGGGAGCCCCAGGCCCAAGGGGGCUGUCCAGGAGGACCCAAACUACCUGGAGCGUCUCUGGAGCUACCUGACCCUGAAGGAGCUGCUGAGUUCCUGGCUGCAGAGUGAUGAGCAGCCCGAGAGGGAGCGGCUGAGGCAGGAGGUACAGGCUCUGGCUGUGAACCAUCGCUUCCUCACUCCGUUCACCUCCAUGACGCUCAGGUCAGCACCGCGGACAGAGACCCCGGAGGACACCUACGGCACGUCGGCAGCCACAGAGCCCGAAACGGUGAUGCAGAGCCUGAGGGGCGCCCACCUGCAGCCAGGACCUGCUCUCAAGAAACCAUACAACCCAAGGAUUAAAGUCUCCAAAACCUCAGCGGAUGGAGACCCCCAUUUUGUUGUGGAUUUCCCCUUGAGCAACCUCACGGUCUGUUUCAACAUCGAUGGACAGCCCGGGCACAUCCUGAGGCUGGUCUCUGAUCAUGCGGACUCUGGCGUGACGGUGAACGGAGAGUUGAUCGGGGCCCCCGCUCCCCCAAACGGCCACAAGAAACAGCGCACUUACUUCCGCACCAUCACCAUCCUCGUCAACAAGCCCGAGAGGUCCUACCUGGAGAUCACGCCCACCAGAGUCAUUGUGGAUGGUGGGGACAGGCUGGUCCUCCCCUGCAACCAGAGCGCGGCCGUGGGGAGCCAGGGGCUGGAGGUGUCGGUGUCCGCCAAUGCCAAGGUCACCAUCGCCAUCCAGGGCAACGUGGCCUUCGUCAUCCUCCUCCACCUCUACAAAAAGCCAGCCCCCUACCAGCGAAACCACCUGGGCUUCUACGUCGCCAACGGCCAAGGCCUUUCUGGCAACUGCCAUGGCCUGUUAGGUCAGUUCCUGAACCAGGAGGCCAGACUCACCGGGGUCGGCAAGAGCCCUGCCCAUCCUUCCAUCCCUGAGACAGGUGAGAGGUCUGAGGCCAUCCUCGAGGUAAAAGGGCACCAGGUCCCAGUGGUGUGGAAGCAGAGGAAAAUCUACAAUGGGGAAGAGCAGGUGGACUGCUGGUUUGCCCGGAACAACGCCGCCAACCUGAUUGACGGGGAGUAUAAAGACUACCUGGCGGCCCAUCCUUUUGACUCCGAGACCACCUUUGGCCCAGGCACAUCCCGGGGACUCUGACGCCAGCAGCCGUAAGGCAAGAGUGUGUGACAGGGAAACGUCUUCGGGGACCCCGUGGUGUGGUUCUUGUCGCUUGGCAGGUAGCCGCCACCCAGGACUCACCCCUGGUGGCGGGGAGGUCUAACCUCUGCUUGAGCAAAGGGUGGGGUCAGGACAUUGAAGCAAGAAUGGGAUUUCCUGCUCUUCCCCUCCCCCUCCCCCAUCUCCAGUAGAGAAAGGUGGUGGCACCAAAGGGACCAGUCACAGUUAAAAGCAAGUCUCUCUCUUAUACCACCUGGCUUGUCCAUCUCACAGCCUACCACAAGGUGACUCUGAUGAAGGAAGGUGGCCAUCAGGUCUGUUUUCUCUGUGGAAAUGGCCAGGCUUGGGCACUCUGCUUUUUGCCUUAUACUAAUGCAUAGGCAUCUCUCCUCCUAGCCCGCUGCGUUCUCCGGAUGUGCGGCCAACCUCUGCCUCAGGGGAACCUCUCCUUGGGCCCAGGCCAUGAGUCAUGAAAUAGCACGUAGAUUUGAUCACUGUAAACCAUUCGGUCUUUUCUUAGGAGAGGAUUUUCUUCUACUGUGAGGUCUUGCCCUUGAAAAUUUGUUUUCGUUUUUUAAAAAUUGACUCAAAAUAGA